CUGGGGCUGGUUCAAGAGCGGGGCUGGGGCUCGGGGAGAGGGGCCAAAUGGGCUUUUUGAGGGCAGGCGGGAAGCCCCCCGAAAGGUGGGAGGACCCCGGGGUGGGAUUAUCCAAGGUGGGGUGGCCCAAAAUGGGGGCCUCUGGGGCUCCAGAGAAGGGGGUUGUGGGGACACCCCCCACCACCACCACCACCAUGUGUCCUGUUAACCCCCCCUGCCCCUCCAGGUUCCCGCUGCAGGACGCGGCGCGGCUCCGGCAAUGGCUGGCGCACAUGCGGCAGGAGAACUGGGUGCCCACCCGCCACCAGCACCUCUGCAGCGACCACUUCGAGCCCUCCUGCUUCCAGUACCGCUGGGGCGUGCGCUACCUGCGCCCCGAUGCCGUCCCUACCAUCUUCCCCCCCAGCCCCCCGAAACAGGAGACUCCCAGCACGCCAGCAGGCGCCACCCAGCCUAAGCAGCCCCUCCCAGUGAGCGUCACAGAGCCAGUGACACCGGAACGGCUACCCAUCCCCAAAACCACCCUGGCCACGGCCCUGGAGCCCGCCGCGCCGCUGCCAUCCCGGCGGGUGGAGCAGGCAGAGGGGGCGACCGUUCCCCCGCCGUCACCAGCGGUGACUGUCCUCUCCUCCGCCCUGACGCUUCCCAUAGUCUCCACCGUCCCCAUCGUAUCACAGGCGGUGACGGGGACGUCCCCGCCGGGGGAGCUGAGCACGGAGGAGCUCGUGGCGGUGGCGCUGGUGCUGCAGCGGAGGGUGAAGGUGCUGCAGCAGCGGCGGCGGCGGCACCGGGCCCGGCUGGAGGCCAUGGAGGGGCUGGUGGAGCAGCUGCGGCGGGAGAGCCUGCUCUCCGAGGAGAGGCUCCAGCUGGCCUGCUUGCAGCCGGGCCCGGUGACACCGGAUCCCACUGGCACCGUCACCAUCAUCUGCCGGGAGGAGGAGGAGGAGGAGGAGGAGGCGGCGUUGGUCUAUGCCGUGCCAUCACCGGCAGGGACGGCCGGUGGCCUCAGCCUGGAGCAGCUGUGACGCGGUGGCAGCGUCACCAGGAACCUGCUGGGACACUGAGCGGGGGGAUGGCCCUCCCUGAGGACACCGCGCUGCGCCUCGGGUGUCACCCAGAAGCCAGGGGCCACCCCCCCACCCCGGGGGGAGGGGACACUUUAUUUUUGUAUUUAAGGUUUA